AUGCCACUGCUUCGCAAUUUACGCUCACAAACUAUUAAAGAUAGUAGAUUAGCUGAUGCUGCUCGAAAACAAAGAUCUCGGAGAACACAAACUUUAGCAAACAAACCACCAAAAACAUAUAAAAUUGCUUUACAUUUCUGUGAAAUGGCUACAGUUGUUCAUCAUGCUCUUGAAGCUCCGCACAUUUGUUCUUACUGUAAUGCUAAAUUAUUCUCUGGUGAAACAGAAGGUAUAUGUUGUAUAAAAGGAAAAAUUAAAUUAGCUUCGACUGAACCUGUUGCGUCUUUGAAGAAUUUGUAUACUAGGUGUGAUGAUGUAGGGGAUGAAUUUCGCAAUAAUAUUUGUGCUUAUAAUAGUGUUUUUGCCUUCAUAUCCAUGGGAGUUAAAUUAGAUAAAAAACUAGCUAAUGGUGAGAAUAGUGUAUAUACGUUUCGGGCACAGGGUGGUAUAUACCAUACUAUAGGUUCUCUUUACCCUAAUGAUGAAAUACCAAAAUUUUUACAAUUAUAUAUUUAUGAUACCGAACAUGAAAUUAAUAAUCGACUCGCUAUUAUACCUGAUCUACGUGAGAACACUUUAGAAAUAAUUAAAAUGGUGUUAGAUCUAUUUAAUCCUUUUGUUGCUAACUUUCGUUCGAUUGCUGCUAAUAUCACGGAUAAUCUUCAUCUACUUAUUAAAGCUGACCAUGGCUUGGAUCAACGUACAUACAAUAAACCAACUGCGUCACAGGUUGCAGCUAUAUGGAUAGAGGGUCAUGACCCUGUAGGUCCUAUGAAACGAGAUCUUAUUGUAGAGUCAAAAUCACGAAGUUUGCAAUAUGUUUCUGAGAUGAGCGGUUCAUACGAUCCAAUGCAAUAUCCGUUAUUUUUUCUAAGAGGUGAUUAUGGUUGGCAUCCUGGGAUAUUGCAAAAUGCAUCACAGAAAAAGCAAUACGUAGUUGAUAAUUAUGUCAAGAUAGAAACAGAACGUCUUAAUUAUUUAAGAUUUAAUCAGGAUAAACUCCGUAAAGAACUUUACCAAGGUUUGCAAGAUUCGUAUCUGUCGGGAAUAACAAACACUGCAGAAGUAAGAACACGAACUGUUUUACCUUCAUCAUUUACAG